UGAGAUUUCUUCUUCACAAACAUCAUCAUCAUCUAUUGUUGACAACGAUAAAAUAAUAAAUAUUGAAAGUCUCGUUCAAAAGAUCAUAUUAUACAGUGGAAUGCCAUUAAAGCCAUUAGAAACACACGAAAUACGUGGGAUAUUAAAUGAAAUCCACAUGAAAGAAAGUACUACUACAGCAACUACACAACAGCCAACUGAAAACACAAAUAAUAAUGGCAACGAUAGUGAUGAUAACAGCGAUCAAACAACCAUUCCAACAACUGCUGCAACAAGUAAUAUUUUUUCAAGACAACAACCAAGGUCUGCAAAUGAAGAACCUGCUGUUAUGCAAGUGGUAGUUGAGGAGUUGGAAAAUAUUAAUAGUGACGAGGAAAGUCUAAUAGAACAGGAUGGUCCAGCAUUACGUGGGUUUAGGAACUGGACCAGUGAAGAAACAAAAAUACUCUUAAAAUAUAUUUUUAACAAGAGAUUAAACUGUGUUGAGCUACAAGAAUUAGGCCUGUUACGAAAAAAUCAGGCAAUUUCAAAGAAGUGGAGCUCAAUGAAACAUAAAAUUAAAAAAUUAUUUGUAGUUGAUUUUUAG